GGGAAGUACACAUUUUCACUGACAAACUAUGUUGUAAUUAAUAUAAGAAAAAUCUCUUGCAGGAUUCACGGAAAUUUGUUUGUGGUGGUAUGAGAGGACAGUUUUACCAGUGUGAUUUAGAAGGUCACAUCCUUGAUUCCUGGGAAGGGGUUAGAGUCCAGUGCCUCGCUAUACAAAAUGACGGAAAGACAGUUCUUGCUUCCGAUACACAUCAUCGCAUCAGAGGGUACCACUUUGAUGAGGUGCAAGACCAUAAUAUCAUUCAGGAAGACCACAGCAUAAUGUCCUUCACUCUUGAUAAUACUGGCAACUAUGCUUUGCUUAAUGUGGCUAAUCAGGGAGUUCACUUGUGGGACCUACGCAAUAGAACUUUAGUCCGCAAAUUUAGAGGUCUUACCCAAGGUCACUACACGAUACAUUCAUGCUUUGGAGGAGAUAAUCAAGACUUCGUAGCAUCAGGAAGUGAAGAUAAUAAGGUUUAUAUAUGGCAUCACCGGAGAGGGAAAUUUCCCGUUGUUACACUUGUUGGACAUACUCGAACUGUAAACUGUGUGACAUGGAACUCCG